AUGAGCGAUAAUCAGUACCAGGUGAAGAUAGGCGCCGAGUCGGCAUUGGCUAGCCUGGUAGAGCAUGCCAGACGCCUCCAGCUGAGCAGCGUGACCAGCAUACCAGCUCAUAUGGGAAGGCUUCAGCAAGCGGCUGCUCGCGGAGUGGGCGUUGAAACAAACGAUGCAGCUGCAAGCUCCAAAAAAUCGAAGGCGUCCAGUGGCUCCAACUCCAAUCAACGCAAUACGCUUACCACGUUUAGGAAAGCACGAAAGCAAGAAACUGAACCAACACCACCGCCGCCAUCGCCACGCGAUCAAUGUCUAAUAACUGAGCUAAGAGAUGAGUAUAUGGAGGUGGAUGAGCUGCUUGACAAAAUGCUAGUGGAUGCCACACGCCUGAACCAGGAGGUGCUCUACUGCUCACAGCAUCAACGCGAUCUGGCACUGGUGCAAGAAAUUGAGCUGGAGACCACCACGCGCUCAUUUGAUUCUAUAUUCGAAGCCAUAUGCGCUGAAUGCUCCAGCUCAGAGAUGCAAGAGAUGAUGCAGCGCUGUUACUCUGUACUCGAGCGCUCCAAUCAGCGUGCGCACAAGCAGGCAGAUCUGGGACCAUUAAGCCAGCUGCCCAAUGAGCUGCUCGACAUGGGCAGCUGGAGUGAGAGCACCAACUCUGAGCCGGACAGUUCUACUGACAAAGAGAACCAUUAG